AUGACCACGGAGGAUUACAAGAAACUAGCUCCGUAUAAUGUCAGGCAAAAAUCAGUGGACUUGGAUGAGGAGGAUGUGCCUUUUACUCCAGAUGAACAUAAAAAGAGGACAGAGGCGGCCAACAGCGUCCUGAGACGCACUGCCAGCAGGGAACGUGCUUACGUCCUCUCGGCAGCCAAGAAAAGCAACGGCAGCCCAACACAAGAAUUUCCACCCUUGUUUGCCAAGAGAAUUGAGAUAGAAGAAGAGGAAGGACAGCAGAGGAGGAGUCCAACUGUGUCUGAUUCCUGCACAUUUACACGGGAUGACAACAGUUCUAAUGGGCUAAGAAAAACCACUGCUGGGUCUUCCUGGAAUGAGCCAAAGACAGCAGCAGUGUCUCCCUCCAGCGCUGAAACAGGCAGUGAGAGCCAAACAACCGCAUCCUCGAGUGAAACUUCAGGGAGAAUCUCCGCUUCUGCUGAGCUCAGCAAUGGUGAAAACAGACAGGCCCCUCAUGGGAAAUCCUCAUCCGAAGCUGUGUCACAGCAUGGCGACGGUGACAAAGCUGUGAAGGAAAAGUCUGAGCUGUUCCCAUGGGAUGAAGUGGCCCCCAGCGCAACCAUGGCCGCCAUGAAUGGAAGUUAUCCUGAACACACAGAAGCCAGCAAUGGAUUUCACCCACCAAUGUCCAACUCUGGGUGCAGGGACAGCCCUGCAGAUGCUGCAGACAAGCUGCACCGUCAGUACGAGACCUCUCACUACCUGGAUGAUGCAAAGUCUGAAGCUGCAAGGUCAGGGCCUGGUGCUGGUACUCACAGUGCUGCUCGCAGAGGGCAGAUCCUGCGGUCUGAUGUCCCCUCUCCUCCUACUGAGAGAGCCCCCGUGCACCUCGAGGACACAGAAUAUUCCUUUAAAAGAUCUGUCCUGGGCUACGAGGAGAGAAGCAGCGCCCAAGAGAGCAGAUACACGAACCCUGAGGUCCCAGCAUACAGCAAGCCUUACUGGAGUGAAGUGAUAUCUUCCCAAGAUUUCAAAGAGGGGAGCACCCCUCGAGAGACAGGGCACGAGGGCACGUGGGCCUCGGAUGAGUGUAAACCAGAGCUGGUCCAGGAAGGGUUUUUGGACUCAAACAGCCAUGCUGAGAAGGGACAAGACCCUCCUGACCACCAUGUCCACCCAGAGCCUCCCAGGUCGAGGGAAUGUACUGAACACGAACCCAGCAUGACCAGGUCCAUGCCAUGCUCCAGGGACAGCACUGGUGGGAGCGUGGACAUUAGCAAGGGGAUAUCGCCCUGUGUGCAGAGUGAAGAAGUCACUUCAAGAAGAUCCAGGGUGGCUCUGCAGAGGGCAGGAGAUUCAGAAACUCCAGAGACCCAAUGUGCGAAUGCAUCUGACUCAGGGCAGGAAAGGAUGACUUCAGCUUCUGAAGAACAAACCUGCCCCACCACAGAGAGUCACUGUGAGAGCCCAGGAGACUGGAGACACGACGAGCCUUGCCCAGCGGCAGCCAGGUCCAACUUCAGCUCAAAGGAGAGUGCUCGCAGUGCGUAUGAGACCCAGCACCCCAUGCCGCUGUACAUGGACCGCCAGCCCUUCAACCCCAGCGUGUCAGCACCCAGUCACAGGAUACCGUCCUAUGCAGACAGCCAGGUGUUCGGCACCAGAAGACCUACCCCAGAUUACGAAGGGAGAGGUUAUGACGGGAGAAGCAGCCCUAGGAACAGCAGAUACGACAGCGCCAGUGCCAGAGGGCACUGUGAAUUUAACCCCACAGCUGGACGCCACGACUCCCUUCCCAGAGAUCCCACCAUGUCCACUUGGCAGAGAAGCCACAGGGUGCCGUUCUACAUGGACAGCUUAAACUAUAGCAGCACCAGGCUUCUCUCGAAUUCAAGCGAGAGGAUCUGCAGCCCGAUUGCCACCUUCCCGCACAGCAGCCCAGCGGCCUCUGGGUACCAGCCCGAUUCCAGCGCUGCCGGAAAAGGGGUCCUCUUCGUGAAGGAGUACGUGAACAGCAGCGAGUUAUCAACCUCGCCACGCUACGGAUUUGGGAGCUUGGUNGAUUUGACCGAUUUGGAGAGAGCAAACUACAGCCACCACAGCUACCUGUGCAGCGCUCCCCCGCCAAGGGCCAGUGAACCCGUUUGCAGCUACUGUGGCCGUGAGAUCCGAGACUGCCCUAAGAUCAUAAUAGAGCAUCUUAACAUCUGCUGCCACGAAUACUGUUUCAGGUGUGGAAUUUGCCACAAGGCAAUGGGAGACCUUCUGGAUAAAAUAUUCAUCCACCGGGACAUUGUCCACUGUGACAAGUGCUACGAGAAACUCUUCUAGGGCUUUGCAGAGCUGGAGAAGGCAGCCAGUGGAAACUCCUCAGCAGCACAUAUCAGAAGAUAUCCAGCAGUUCCUGACUGGCUAAGAUAGCAGAAUUCCUGCUCCCCUGCUUUCCUCCAGUUAUUUUCCCUCUCGCUGCCUCAUCACAAUGAAUGAGUUUAACACCCACUAGUUUAUGCUGUCAGCUGCACCCAAGACAAGGGCUGAUGUUAACAAGAUCAGGCAGUGUCAUCUAUGAAGAGAACUGGGCUGAUUCUCCAAAGGUGCGGGGCCCCUCCGCCUGUCUUCAACUUCAUCAAGAUUCUCGAGCGCUCCUGUGCUGGAAGUCAGGCAGAGCUCCUUAGGUCUAUCUCAGCUAACUGCGAGAAAGCUUUUCUGACUUUUUUUUUU